UGUCAAAUUUAAUGUUUUUGCAAUUUUGCAUACUGCAGGGUAAAAUCAUAGUAAUAUAAAUUCUAUUUACGAACGAUAAGGAAUCAGUUAAUGUUAACGAAUUGAUGUUAUCCAUUGAUCAAAGUCCUGGAAGUCCACUAGACAUAAGUGAUCGUGAACAGGCAGUUUUAAUGGAUCCCAUCGAUCAUGCCCGCGCCAGAUAUCCUUACUGUAUUGUUUGGACUCCUAUUCCUGUACUAACGUGGAUAUUCCCGUUCCUUGGUCAUAUGGGUAUUUGCAUGUCAAAUGGCGUUAUUCGUGAUUUCGCCGGCCCAUAUUUUGUAUCAGAAGAUCUCAUGGCUUUUGGAAAUCCUACUAAGUACUGGCAGUUGUCGCCACAGCGGGCUACUAAUGGUCAGGCGGGGUGGGAUGCGGCAGUAGCAGAAGCUUCAGAAAUAUAUAAAAAAAGAAUGCAUAUAAUAUUCUAUGAUAACUGCCACUCCCAUGUGGCUGCAGCACUCAACAUCAUGAACUACGGCGGCUGUAAGAACUGGAACAUGGUGAAGCUGGCUUUCUACAUGAUACCAUAUUCCAAAUAUGUCAGUUUCGGGGCGUUCUUAAAGACGUGGCUGCCUUUUAUCAUCAUUGUAGCAUUUAUCUGUGGAUUAGCGGCUAUGAUCUAGACGGCUCUUCUCAAAUGCAGGAAAUAGUCUACUUAUGUUGUAGCUGUGCAAUGCACAUUGGUUUGUCGGGUGAUUGGUGGCUAGAGAUUGGUUGUGUGUGUACAUUAGAGGCUUUUGAUGGAUUAGAUCAAACUCAAAGAAAUAUCUCUGUCUUCUAAAACACCAUCUUCCGACACUUGCUGUAUUCAUGAGAUCGUGUUGUGCUAAAUUUAUCCCAAAGUUUUCAUUCCGUUGUUUCAAUUAAUUAACUUCUUUAAUUGUAAGAUGUGGUUUAAUUGUAACAUUAGAGGACUGAUGUAUGUAUUAUAUUUUAAAUGUAUUGUUAAAAGAGGCCUAUAAUAACAAGGAGCAUUUCAUUAUAAUUUUUUUUUAUUUGCAAAUUAACAAAAUUUCCAAUACAUAAAUUUAAAUUGUUUUCCUCUAAGAAAAAUAAGUGUAUAUCAAAUUUUUAGGGAAUAGAUGACAGUGACAUUUUAAUUUUAGUUUUGUAUGGAAGUUAUUCAGCAAGCUAUAAGAUGUUAGUGUCUGGAACUGAUUUUGUAUAUAAAAAUUUAAUAUGGUCAUAAUAUGUGAGUUUUAUAAAUGCCUUUCUUAUAUUAUAUGGAACAAUCUAAUUUAAACAUCUUGGCUAUAUAUAUAUUUUGAAAAACUUUAUUAACUCUUAGAACUCAAUUAGAUAAAAUGACUUCUAAAAUGUAAACAUUGCCUUAUACUUCACAUAAUAUUGUAAUACAAAAUAAACAACAUUUUUAAUAUCUGUAGGAAUCAUUAUGGCGGUUAGUUUAUAGAUGGCACAUUUAUUAUAUUAGAAAUUUAUCACACAAAUUAUAAUGGUGUUAUGUGUAAUACUUCUUCAUCACUUGUAUUGUAUGGUAACAGCUGCAAAUGUUAUGUUGCACUGUGAAAAAUUAAUAUUCACCAACGGCAACACAACAAUUACAUAUUAGAUGAUAGUGUUGACAGCCCCGGAACAAGAAAUAUACAAGCUUGAUUAUAAUAUUUGUAACUAAAAUAUAGAAGCAUUGCAUAGCACAUUGGAACCAUAAUACAAAUAUAGACAUAUCAUACUAUAUUUAUAUAUAUAUAGAAUUUUAAGGUCUUUGUUAUUUAAAUUAAAAUUUAUAUAUCUCAGGACUAAUAA